AAUCUUUUUCUCUUCUCUCAAUUCAAACUUAUAAACUUAACUCUUCCUCUUUCUUCUUCCUCUCACAAAACUCCCAAAUCCUUCCUUUUCUUUUUUUUCUUUUUCUCUUUCAAUUCAACACCCCGCCGCAUCCUCCCCCGUCCACUCACCGCAUCUUCGCCGCUCCCUCCCUCCAUCUAAUGGGUUCCUUAUCCGACUCUGUUUUUUCUUCAAUCGGAUAAAACCCUGUUUCAAUCCCAAUUCCAUCCACUUCAUUCUUAAAUUCUCUUCCACGCUUUGUUCCUUGAAUUUUUCCAAUCUGUUUUUAUUGAUAUUUUGCGAGCGAGAGGUGUUAGUUUAGUUAUUAUUAAGUUCUCUGUUUCUAUCCAUGGCGGCGGAGGAUAAGAGAACAGGGAAACUGAAGAUGGUUAUCGAUGCAAAGAAUCCAGAGAAGAAGAUUGAGAAAGGGAAAAACGUUGCAGCAGUUAGCUUGGAGAGGCAACAAUGGAAGCCAGUUUUAGAUGAUGCUUUCUUGUCUAGAAGACCUCUCAAGAAAAUCUGCAGUUCAAAUUUUCAUAACCCAUUUCUUCAUUCCCCUGUUUCUCUUUCUCCCCCUUCUUCUAAAAUCCAAUUUCCUUUCGAUUUCGAAGCAUCUCAACAAUCAUCAAUAACAACAACAACAACAACACAGUUCAAUUCUCAACAUCCGAUUUCUUCCUCCUCUUCUUCUUCCUCUCCCUUUACGUCGUUCGGGUCUCCGGAGCAACAGAUGAUUUCUUUUAGUUCCAACCAACAACAGGGAUUUGGCUUUCCGCCAUACUUCGUCAACGGCGACCCGGUGGCAUCGCAGCAGAGACUUUUCAAGUACUGUAGCGAUGCGUUUCAUUUGAGUCCAAGAGGAAGAGCUAUGAUGAUGAGUAGAUUCGGCCCGGAUGGAGGUAAUUUGUUUCGGCCGCCAUUGCAGCCCAUAAGUGCCACUAAGCUUUACAGAGGAGUUCGACAGCGGCAUUGGGGGAAAUGGGUGGCUGAAAUUCGUCUCCCUCGUAACCGAACUCGUCUUUGGCUCGGCACUUUCGACACCGCCGAAGACGCUGCCAUGGCUUACGAUCGCGAAGCCUUCAAAUUACGAGGCGAAAAUGCUCGACUCAAUUUCCCUGAUCGUUUCAUCAAGAAAGACAUUCCAAAAACAGAGGCGGAAACAGAGCUUACAAUUCCAAUAACAGAGGAAGCUCAUCCAGAAAGCGUUAUCGUUCUUCAGCCGCCAGAAGAAGAAAAACCAAAUAACGACUUGACGGAGAGCGGCAGCUGCGCAUCUGAGCAGACAGAGAUGGUAUGGGGAGAAAUGGAAGAGGCUUGGUUUAAUGCGAUUCCGGCCGGUUGGGGUCCAGGAAGCGCUGUUUGGGAUAAUCUAGACCCAACAAACAAUUUAGUUCUUCAAUCACAAAUCCCAUUUGGUUCUUCAAAUGAGCAUCAGAUGAACGAAUCCAACGACAAUCAGAACAAGAUUGAAACUUCUGAAUCGGCUUCGUCUUCGUCUACGUCUGCUCCGAUGAAGCUUUUCUUAUGGAAAGAUCAAGAUUGAAAAUUUAGAUUUCUUUUCUUCUUUUUUUUUUUUUUUUUUACUGAAUUUUUACUCCAUUGGAUGAUUCGGUGAUAGCAGUAGUCCGAUUUUGGUCGAAUGUUUUUGGAAGACCAAUCCAAUGGUUUUAGUUUUAGGCAUCAUAAAGAUGGAAUUUCUUUGAUGAAAUUCUUGAUUUUUAUGUUUAUUGUGAAGAAGAACCAUGGAAGGAAGGGAUUUGAGACGUGUUUUUUGAUCUCUUUCCCCUCCUUAGUUUGGUGCGUCAUUGUUGCCAUUAAAGCCAUUGUUUUUAGGCUUUCAUGGCGGUUUUUUAGUUUUGUCUUUGUAUUUUAUGUUCCCUUUUCCUCUCUCUUUCAUAUUCCAUUUUUAGGGUUUGCUUUUGCCUUUUAUGUAUUAUGUAAUUUAGAUCUUUCUUUUUUAAUAACCAUUUUUUUUAGGUCAA